GAACCGGUUCUAUUACGAUGUAGUUGAAAUAAUCUCCGGUUUGACAGAACCGUCUUUACUUAUCUCAAUCGGAAACAAUCAAAUCGUCGUCGUCUCCUUGAUCGGGAAUGUUGCCUCUGAUGAGGGAAGGAGGAAGGAUGGCGGGAGGAUCUGAGAGAAAGACGAUACUAGUGGGUCUGGUUCUAGCCCUUGUUCUUGGCGUCGCUGUUUACUUAAGGCUGUGGACAAUCGAUUACACUCUAUCGUCUGACGACACAGAACGCUUAAGGAGACAGUUUGAUUUGGCGAAUAGGGAAGCAGUGGAUGAAUCUGCAGAAUGGCGGAGAAUGUUUGACAGUGAAGCUGAGAAGGCUUCUAAGUGUAACUCAGAGCUGGCACUGAUGAAAGAGUCGUCUGGGAAUGGAAACGCGUUUACUCUCAAUCAAAAGCUAGAGUCAUUACAUAAGGAUAAUGCGGCGUUGCUCGGUGAGAUAGAGACAUUAAAACAAGAGCUGGAAGCUUCAAGGUUAAAGUGCCGUUCAAGACAGGCACCCCGUUAGAUUAGUUUUCGUGAUAGACAUCCUCAGACUCCUGUCUUUAGUUUUUGCUCAUGUUUAACAGUUGUCCUAUACGAUUUGUAGGCUCUUUCUUGGAAUAUGUACUAGCAAUACCUGUAAUAUACACCACCGUUUUCGUCA